AUGAGUUCAGAUCGUACCUGUUGGAAUAUCAAGGCUUCUAGAGUAGCUAACCAAGCCCACAACCCCAUUCGAGCUAUUGUAGAUAAACUCAAGUUGAACCCCAACCUUACCAAGCCCUUGAUCAGCUUGUCUAUCGGUGACCCCACCAUUUUCGGUAACUUUAAUGUGGAUCCUAGUGUCAAUGAAGCUGUUAUCAAGCAAAUUGAAAGCUUCCGUUCCAAUGGCUAUCCUCCUGCUGACGGUUAUUUGGUUGCACGAACAGCUGUUGCUCAAGCUCAUUCUGAUCCUGCUGCCUCUCUUACAGCAAAUGAUGUUAUUUUAGCCAAUGGUUGUUCUGGUGCUCUUGAAAUGUGCUUUAAUGUUCUUUGUAAUGAAGGGCAAAACAUUCUUUUGCCUCGCCCUGGCUUUUCUCUCUAUGCUUCAUUGGCUGCUGUCAAGUUUACAGAAGCAAGAUUUUAUGAUUUACUGCCUGAACAAAACUGGGAAGCUGAUCUAAAGCAAAUGGAAAGUUUAAUUGACGACAAGACCAGCGCUAUUUUAGUCAACAAGUAA